AGGUACGAUCCACAGGAUGUAAACAGCUGUUUGGAAUAUAUCUAAAUCAGUAACAGACUGUUUUCCCCAUCGAGCCUGCAGCGGGUGAAAAGAAAAAAAAACCCGAGGGUGAUCGAGCUUCAUUCAACGAGCUGAAAGGAAAAAAAAUCACUGAAAGGACUCGAAACUUCAUCGAUCAGAUCAUAUCAGACGAUCAAGCUGAAUAAGUGGAGUGAACCAUACUGUGACCGGAUAUUUUGCAGAAGAUAAGAACUGUAGGAACAGAAACAGCAUAACAAAGUGGUGUCAGGUUGCUUUUUGAGUUCUGCAGUUGUUAAGAACCUUUCAGCAACUGGAAUAUGCCUGUACCUGCAUGGCUGAAGCUAUGUCGACCCACAAUAGAGCCAGUGAUCUUUCUCUAUGCAUAUGGUCUUUUUAUGCAUAUGCCAGUCAUUCAGCAAUAUGUGUACAAACGUGUUAGUGUUGCCAAGAAUUUCCCUUAUUCAUCGUCAACAAAGGAGAGAUGCCAAAACCAAACACUAAAUACAACUCUCAAAGAACUGGAAAAGGAGGUUCAGGCUUUGUCCUCCUACAUCCAUUUGGGAGUAGUCAUGUUUGCAUCAAUCCCCUCUAUUUUUACUGCCCUCUUCAUUGGAGCCUGGACCGACACAGUGGGGCGUCGACCUGCAUUAGCCCUCCCUGCUAUUGGAAGCACCCUUGAAGCCUUAGUUGUAAUCCUUACCAUGUACUUUGAAUGGCCAAUUUAUGUUUUGUUUGUGGGAAGUGCCAUCAGUGGCAUGUGUGGUUUCUUUACAACAAUGGUGCUUGCAGUUAUGUCCUAUAUAGCUGACACUACUGAUGAAUCAGACAGGAGCUUCCGGUUAGCCAUUAUGGAGUUGCUUGUGUUCAUUGGUGGAAUGAUCAGUCAACUCACCAGUGGCCUUUGGAUAGAAAAGUUCGGUUUUGUGGCUCCGUACUGGUUUAUAUUUGGCUGUCUCCUCGCUUCAGUCUUUUAUGUGAUUUUCUUCGUUCCAGAAUCAAGGCCCUCUACCUCCAAGGAUGGCAUGAUCCGGAGACUGUUCCGUUUGACGAGCGUGAAACGGGUGUGGUACGUGUACAAGUUUCCGAGAAACGGGACGAGAAGAAAUCUGAUAAUUUUCACAUUGUCCACUGGGGUGGUAGUUCUAACCAUUCUUGGUAUAAGUGGAGUGACUGUGCUGUUUUUGCUCCACAGUCCGCUUUGUUUUUCGGCAGAAAAGGUUGGAUAUUUCUCAGCUUUCCGUUACUUAAUAAACGGAAUUGGUGCAGUCCUUGGUAUAAAGCUGUUAGGAAAGUGUUUUAGUGAGAUCAACAUUGCCAGAAUUGGGAUCAUCUCCCUCGCAUCAGGGUUGUUAGUCUUUGGGUUUUCAAGGAAGGAGUCGUUGGUGUUUUUGUCUCCGAUUGCUGGUAUAUUUUCCGGAGCUGUUUCCCCCAUUUUCCGUGGAAUGAUGUCAAGAAGUGUGGGCGAGAAUGAGCAAGGAGCUCUAUUUUCAGCUACAGCGUCAUUGGAAACCUUGUGUAAUUUUAUUGGUGCUUUCAUCUUCAACUCCAUGUACCCGGCAUCGUUAAAACAUGACUUUCCAGGAUUUGUGUUCUUUCUGGGAGCUUUGCUGUUGAUCAUACCGUUAUUGCUCACCUGCUGUUUGAAGAAUCCUGCAAGCUUCCUGUCAAAGAGAGAUUUAAUUAAAUCUAGCGAGCAGGAUGACAUGGAAAACAGUUUGAUAUCAGGCGCUAGAAGUAUAUCAAGUGAGUCUGAGGGGUCACCUCAGCCUAGCCCUACAGUGGGCAGAGGAUAUGAGGCGGUAGCAUGAAAACAAAAGCUGAUCUUUGAUGGAAAUUAGAGUUCUGAUGGAAAAAAAAGGAAAAAAAGGUCGACAUGUACAUUUAUGAUUCAUAAAAUAUUUUUGCUCGCGCGCGACUAAUCUAAACGCAUCACAAUGACUAAACAUUCUCCAACAAAAACUGGGGGAUAUUCGAGGAUAUCACCCAAGUGAUAUUCCUCAUUUUUCAAACCAUACAUCCACUGAGAUAAGUCUUAAUUCAAGGUGAGAGAACGUUUUUUGGCUGUUACAGAAGAAUGGGAAUAUUUUGUUUAUGAAGUCGCACCAGAGAACGCCCAAAAGCAAACAUUUCAAGUAGCAUAAAGUAAGCUGUUCUUAUAUAUUUUUUCGCGCGCGUUGCAAAAUAAUUGAAGGACAAUUAUCACAAGAGUCUCUAUUUUGCGCGAAGAUAUGAUUGUAUAUUUGUCCUUGGACACUAUCUGUUCCUUAAAGCACAAAUUUUAUCUUGGGGCUUCGUUCUCAGAAAACUGUUUGCAUCUUAAUUGGAGCAGAUUAAGUCCGCGGGCAAACAUCCGCGCACAUUUCCGCGACAAAUAGAGGCUAUUGUUUUUAUUUUCAUUUCGGAUUCAAACUAAAACUUAGGUCAAUAUUUGAUGAAGAGUAUCAUUAAGAAAUGUGAAAAAAAUGGUAGGUUUUUAUCGGGAUAAACUCACGCGAGAAAAGCUUGUAAAUCACAAGUCGAUGUAGUCUUCCGAUAGUUGCGGAAGAGCGGAAAAAACGAGAGAGGCGUGGGUCGGGUCGCGUUUAUUAGACAGACCAACCCAAACCUCCCUUUGCAUUUUCACUCCCCUUCCACAAUCGCGCUGUUUACUAUCGAGCUUCGUUUUACUAAUUGGACGCCUGGAACAGGCCAGUAAAUCAUGAGUCGAAAGAAAGAAAAAAUAUUAUUUCCUCUAAAAGGGGAUAUAUAUUCAAAUAGCAAUCCUCUUUGGAGUUGUUUUCGUCAUCUUAGCGGAAGUUUAUUUUUCGGUGAAAACUGUAUUGAUUAAUGAGAUCGUGCAUACCAUUGUAGAUCUGUGUACAGUUCUGCUUUCAAAUCAUUCACCAAGGGCUCGUGUGUGAAUAUCUGGCAGCAUGGCUGUGCAUUGUCAUCAGGAGUAACUUACUAACAGAAUAUGUCCAAAAUGUAUUUCACCCUUUAUUAAGGUAAUAUAAUGAGUCUACAUUUAUUACACUUAAAAUAUAACUUUAAUAUAUUGUAAUGAUUAUUUAUGAAGAAAAAAUUGCACUGAAAUAGAGAUUUCGUCCAACAUAGAUAUUACAGUAAGUUUAAACUCGCGUUGUAAAUCUAAUUUUUAAUUAAGUUUUCUCGAUAUGUAAAGAAUUUCAUCCCUCUUAUCAUUGAUUGAAAAAUUAUUUUUAAAAGUUGUUAAUCUGCAAUAUGUAAAAUAGAAUUCGCAUGGCUUUAACC